UGGUUAUGGAAGCAGAAGCCAAAGACUGAUGUGAGGGAUGGAUCUUAAUUGCAAUUAUUUUUCUUUCAGUUCUUCAGAACCACGUCCAGCUGGCCUGGAGGAGAGUGAUCAGUCAUCGAUGUCUGGAGAACAAGGAAUGAAUUUGGAUAAUUCAGGCCCUAAACUUACAGAUUUUGCGAGUAGGCCACCAGGUUAUCCAUCUCAGCCAGUGGAACAAAGACCACUUCAGCAGAUGCCACCUCAACUCAUGCCACAUACGCAGCAGUCACAGCCGCAGCCGCCACCGCAGCAAGCCCAGGCACCACCACAAACACCGCAGCAGCAGCAGCAGCAGAUGAUGAUGAUGCUUAUGAUGCAGCAGGAUCCCAAAUCAGUCAGGCUUCCUGUGCCACAAGGAGUUCACCCACCUAGAGGGCCGCUGAAUCCAGAUGCUCAACGAAUGCCGAUGCAGCAGACUGGUAACAUGCCAGUAAUGGUUAACCUCCAAGGUCCUGGAUCAGUGCCUCCAUCUCCUGAUAAACAAAGAAUUUCCUUGCCUGGCAAUCCUCCUCUGGGAAAUAACACAAGAAAAAUGGUUUAUCAAGAUAAUGUACAGAAUCCUUCCAGCUCACCCCUUGGAGAGGUUUCAUCAGUAUCCUCCCUUCCAGAAGGAGGUGGAGCUGAAGGCCCCCCAGCAUCAGGAGCUCAGAAUAAUUUGACAUCUCAUUUAGUAGUUUCACAGAACCAAUUGAUGAUGACAGGACCCAAACCUGGACCAUCUCCACUUUCAACUGCCCAAGGUGCAAGUCCCCAGCAGCAGUCUAAUUCUCUGCCUAGUGCUCUUACACACCAUUUUCAAAAUGUUGCCACCCCAUCACAAACUUCAAGGCCUAAAACCCCAAACAGAGCAAGCCCAAGGCCAUACUAUCCUCAGACUCCUAAUAACCGUCCGCCUAGUACAGAACCAUCGGAAAUUAGCUUGUCUCCAGAGAGACUCAAUGCUUCUAUAGCUGGUCUGUUCCCUCCCCAAAUUAAUAUUCCUUUACCUCCCAGGCCUAAUCUCAACAGAGGAUUUGAUCAGCAGGGUCUUAAUCCCACUACUUUGAAGGCCAUUGGACAAGCCCCAUCUAAUCUCACAAUCAACAAUCAGUCUAGUUUUGCUGCUCCACAGUCACACAAAUUGGAAGGCGUGGUCAUUAAUUCAGGAAAACAGACCAACACUGGAGGAACAAAGAGAGCCAGUCCAAGCAACAGUCGAAGGUCCAGUCCUGGAUCCAGUAGGAAAACUACACCAAGCCCUGGCAGACAGAAUUCAAAAGCAGCUAAAUUAUCAUUGACAACUCAGCAGAAUCCACCUCUCUUGCAGAACAUGGAAUUACAAAGAAAUAUGAUGGCUGGUCCCUCUUCUUUGCCAACACCUGUGACUACAAGUUUUCAAAAUAAUAACAUGCUAAAUAAUCAGAAUCCUGCAAUUUCUGUACCUGCUGUGACUGGCUUUCCUGAAGACAAUAAAGAGAGCCUUAGUGUGCCUCAGGAGAACGAGUGUCAAAGUGCACAAGGUGUCCAAGGUAACAAAGACCAGCCAAGUAUUGAACUAAAAGGUAUCCCUACUCCAGAAAUUAAAAUGCUGGUUCCAGAAGAACAGUCAAAAAAAGAUGGGCAGGCCUUAGACUCCAGUAAGCUUCCAGUUUUGGAGGAAAGUAAAACCGUGGUAUCUCCAGCUAUGAGGGAGGCACCAACUUCUUUAAGUCAACUUCUUGAUAAUUCUGGAGCUCCUAACGUAACCAUUAAGCCCCCGGGGCUGACAGGUCUUGAAAUGGCACCAAUAGUCACUGCUGGUGAGGAGCUCAAGAAGAUAGCUGUCAUUCCUCCACUGCAGGAUUCAUCCUCAAGCAAAGAGCCAUCUAAUUCACUUAGCUUGCCUCAAAAUAAUGAGCCCUGUUCAAAUCCAGGGCACCAGGAACUGGGAGAAGUAAACUCAAAUGUUGCACAGAGUGUUCCUCCAGUAAUGCAAAGGCCUGUCAGCUCUUCUUCUAUUUCAGGUCCUUUACCCCCCAACCAGAUAACAGUUUUUGUAACUUCAAACCCUAUUACAUCCUCUGCUAGUGCAUCAGCACCGUUGCCAUCUCACUUGCAACCUGCGUUAGUGUCGACUGUUGUCACGAUGCCCAAUGUAGGGAACAAAGUUAUGGUUUCUGAGGGACAGCCAGCAGCUCAGUCUAACGCCCGGCCGCAGUUUAUUACACCUGUUUUUAUAAACUCAUCGUCAAUAAUUCAGGUUAUGAAGGGCUCCCAAUCCAGUACGAUUCCAGCAGCCCCGAUGACUUCUAACUCGAGUCUGAUGCCCCAGUCGGUCGCAGUUGUUGGGCCUUUGCACAUACCACAGAAUAUAAAGUUCUCCUCUGGGCCCGCACCUCCCAGCACAUCAUCCAGCACUCCUGUUUCUAGUAUUCCCACCAGCAGGUCACUGGUUCUUAAUCCCUUGGCACCUCCAGUGCAGUUGUCUUCUCCUGCUACGACUUCUUCCAGUGUUCCUUCACAUCUUCCUGCUCAGCCAGUCAAAGACUUCAGCCCAGAGGAGGCAGCUUCUCAAAGUGGUGGGUCGGGUGACCAGUGCUCUGUUACAGCAGCACAGUCUGGACCUGUUGUGUCACCACUUCUUACAAGUAGUCCAGGAUCUGGGAACAGACGCAGUCCUGUGUCAUCGAGUAAGGGAAAGGGAAAAGUAGACAAGAUUGGCCAACUCUUGCUGACCAAAGCAUGCAAGAAAGUCACUGGUUCCCUUGAGAAAGGGGAAGAGCAGUACGGUUUGGAUGGAGAAGCAGAAGGUCAGGGACUAGAAACGUCGGUCCCAAAUAGUUUGGGAACAGAGCAAUCACCAGCAGAACUGGAUAGUAAAACUGUGACACCUCCAGCACCCAGUCACGUAAAACAGAGCACUUCUGGGCCUGGCAACGCGAGUGUCAGCGCUGCGGCUUCCGUGUCUCCAAGCGGACCCGCAAGCACUCCUCCCACCAGUGUCCUGGCGGCUGUAGCCUCCCCCGCAGCCCCAGACCCCGUGCCUGCAGCACCCAGCGCGAACGGGGGUAACCACGGCGCUUUGCCAGCUGAGCAAGCUGCGGCUGGUGUGGCGGAGGAGAAAGGAGCUCAUCAGGAGCUGCUUCAGAGUGCAGCAUCCUCUCAACAUUUAACACAGAAAAAAAGUUCAGUUGCAACAUCAGAAAGUACUGUUCAAAGAACAGAACUUGAAACAAAUGCUGCAGUAGUUGCUGGUCAAAGUAAUGAGACAAAAGAGAAUUGUGAAAAGUCUAAAACUCCAAAUAGAAGAAAUUCAAGAACAGAGGAUUCUGCCGCUUCACAGGAAACUGUAGAGAAUGGACAGCGCAAGAGGUCCUGCAGACCAGCAUCUGCAUCCAGCACUGCAAAAGAAACGAGUGCCAGUGCAAUGCAGUCAAAAAGAAGAAAGUCCAAGUAAAUUACUGCAUGGAAACAUGAAACUUGUAAAUGAGUGUGAAUUUAUCAAUAGCAAUUUUGAGCUGUGAUUUUUCUUUUUUAAAUAAAAUUCUGUACAGUAAGUCAUUUUAAUAUUAUACUGUUCCCAGUAAAUGAUUUUUUUCUAAAAAACAGAUAAAUAGAUAUAAAAACUGGGUUCUUCUAAAACCCCCUGGAUUUACAAAAUGAAGUCCAGGGUUAGCACAUUAGGUUAAUGUGUUUGUAUGAAAUGGAAGGGGAGGGGAAGACAAUUGUAAAUUUAUUUGUUUCCACUUUUCAUAAACAAAUUAGAAUACAGGGUUGUCAUUUUUAGGUAUUAAAAUAAUGUAUUGUGCUGUUGUUUUAAGUACUGUAUGUGAAUAGCAGUAAGAGGGUUUAUAAACAAAUCCCAUCUUGUUUGGAAAUGUAAAUAAUUUUAUUAUAUAGUAGAUCUGAUGUAUUUGUUGUAGAAAUGGACCAGUGAAACAAAAAAAUAAAUUUAAGGGUUUGUAUAAUGUGGAAUCCCUCAUGCUCUAAAUAAAUGUUAUUGUC